UCUCUCUCUCUCUCUCUCUCUCUCUCUCUCUCUCUCUCUCUCUCUCUCUGUCUCUCUCCGUCUCUCUCCGCUCUCGGCUGUCCAGAGAAAUUACAAUAUUUAUCACACCCGCGAACGAACGACUCUGUUUUCUGUAUUUGACUAAGAAGCUCAGUUUUCUUCUCAUCUAACGUUACCGAGACCCCUCAAUAUGUCCCUUUAGCUGCCCCUCGGGAUGCCUGACCAUGACAGCUCAGCCCUAAGCAGACAGACCAAGCGGCGCCGCGUGGACAUCGGGGUGAAGAGGACUGUGGGUAGUGUAGUCUACACCCGAGUCAGAGAUACCCUCCUAUUCAACACCAUGAAUCAAUCCCACGGCCCCGAGCAGGACGGAGACUGCUCAUUGGUCCCUCACAGCCACGGUGGGUCCAAUGGGGACGGAGAGAAGUCCAAUGUUCUCCGGAAGCUUCUGAAGCGGGCAAACUCAUACGAAGAUGGCAUGAUGCCUUUCCCUGGCACCACCAUCAUCUCUCAGCUGCUGAAGAGUAACAUUGUGAAGAAUGGAGACAGCGAGGGAGGCUUCCAGGGUAGUGGCGGUCUCUCCAGCGCUGGGUCAGAUUUCCAAGCGGAGGAUGUCUGCAGUAACUCCUCCAGAGACAGAGACAGCCCCCUCCCCCUCUCUCCCUCCUCCCCCUGCCUCCUCCCCUUCGGCCGCCCCCCUCCCCCCCACCCCCCUCUCACCCCUCUGGACCUGGAGCGCCUCACGGACGAGCACCUGCGUGCCAAACGGGCCAGGGUGGAGAACAUCAUCCGGGGCAUGAGCCAUUCCCCCUGCGUGGCUCCACCUUCCCUCCAUCCCAGAGAGAAAGGGAACAAGACGGGGAGAAGAGAGGACAGGGAGAGGGACUGUCCCCCACUGCAGCCUCCCAGCCCUGGGUCUCUCUCUAGAGGGGGAGAGGGGUACAGGGAGAGCCGGGGGGAGACUAGAGGAGAGGUGUACAGGGAGAACAAGAGAAAACAGCGUCUCCCCCAGCAGCAACAGCUGGUGUGUGUCAGACAGGAGAAGAGACUAGAGGAGAGACGACAACUCAAACUACAGCUAGAGGAUAUGCAGAAACAGCUUCGUCAGCUGCAGGAGAAGUUCUACCAGAUCUAUGAGACUGAGACUGAGGAGGAGGAGGAGGAGGAGGAGGAGGAGGAGAGAGGAGGAGGAGGAGGGGAGGAGAGAGGAGGAGAGGAGGACGGGAACCUGUCAGAGGACAGCGUCCGCUCCGACGGUUUGGAGAACAGACACAGGGACCGCCGCGGCAACCGUAACCGUGCCGACGGUAUAUAUGGUGACCUGUCAGAGUUGGUUGACGACCCAGGUCUGUUUCUGGACCGAGCCAGAGCACUGUUCCGAGAACAGGCCCUGAUGGCCGGAGAGAAGGAUGAGGAGGGAGAGAGGGAAGGGGGGAGGAGGGUGAAGAGGGAUUGGGGCCGAGGGGAGAGAGGGGAAGGAGGGGGGCCGAUGCGAGCCGAGGGGGGGCAGCUAGCCGAGACUCUGAAACAGGAGCUCAACUCUGCCAUGUCGCAGGUGGUCGACACCGUGGUUAAAGGGUUCAACCAUCAUCAUCUUCAACACCAUCCCUCUCAUCACAACGGCUCCCAAAACACCCCCUCUGCCACUAACGCCCCCCCCUCACAGGCCCCCCUCCCCUCCUUCCCCCCCUCCCUCGCCACUGACUCUCGCUUCGGGGGAGUCAGCAUGAACACGAACGGUGACAGGCCCAACUUUCACUCAGCCAAUCAGAGGCUGCCGUGCUUUGGUGAUGUUAUCAUCCCGAGCCCGCUGGACUCGUUCGGCGGUCUCAGUGUCCCGACGGCCGGCGACCAGACAGAAGCACUGCCUCUGGUGGUCAGGAAGACCAGCACAGACCCACACCACCAGAACCCCUCUCACCCUCCUCCUCACCCCCACCACCCCUCCCUCCAUUCCUCCCCCCUCUCUGCCUCUCUGGGGUUCUCCCCUCCCUCCUUCCGACACCCCUUCCCCCUCCCUCUGAUGGGCUACCCCUUCCAAAGUUUCUCCAAAGACCAGCGCUCCUCCCCUGAGUCCAUGGACCUGUCCAGGGAAACUGUGGGGCUGCGGACCAAGAUGGGGUCGGGUGGCGGUGUCCAUUUUGUCUCCCACCACCACCACAGGCAGAGCUCUCCGCCCCAACAUGGAGGAGGGAGCGAGGGGCUGUCGCUGUCGCUCAUCAAGUCAGAGUGUGGAGACCUUCAGGACAUGGCUGAUAUAUCGCCUUAUUCAGGAAGUACCAUCCAGGAGGGCUUGUCUCCCAACCAUCUGAAGAAAGCCAAGCUCAUGUUUUUCUACAGCAGAUACCCCUCGUCCAACAUGCUCAAGAUGUUCUUCUCAGACGUCAAGUUUAACCGGUGCAUCACGUCUCAGCUCAUCAAGUGGUUCAGUAACUUCAGAGAGUUCUAUUACAUCCAGAUGGAGAAGUUUGCCCGGCAGGCCAUCAACGAGGGAGUGACCACCAACGAGGAGCUGUCUGUGGGCAGGGAGUCUGAGCUCUACCGGGCCCUCAACAUGCACUACAACAAGGCCAACGACUUUGAGGUUCCAGAGCGGUUCCUGGAAGUGUCCCAGCUGACAUUGAGGGAGUUUUUUAAUGCCAUAGUAGCAGGGAAAGACGUGGACCCGUCCUGGAAGAAGGCCAUCUAUAAGGUGAUCUGUAAACUAGACAGUGAAGUCCCAGAGGUCUUCAAAUCACCCAACUGUCUGCAGGAGCUACUGCGCGAGUAACGUGGACGUGACGUUUCGGGGACAAAACCGCUGCACUUCGAGAGGUCCACACUCAAAAAAGAAAAAUACAUAAAUAAAUACAAAGUUUUGUUUUAAAAACUGUACAAAUUUACAGUUUUUGUACAAUUCUGUCGAUUACAGUUUUUGUAAAAUGUUACACUUUGACCUUUUUUUUUUGAGUGGUGACCUGUUUUUUUCAUAUGUGGCCAACAAAACUUGGAGAGGAAUGGUUUUCUGCUGAAGACAUAUAGACAAAUGUAUAUUUGGAUGAAUGGAGCACGUUGAAGUGUCAUUGUCAUUGUUGUUGGGGAUGUUUCGUCAAAACAAAUUAUUUGUCACAUACAGUACAUCUCACUGUACUUACAGACAAAUAUCCAUAAGUAAUGAGGUCCCCACUCAAAAAACAAACAAACGUUGUUUUGAAAAUAACUGUAACGUGAACAGGUUUUUUAGAUUACAUUUUAAGAUUAGACCUUAUUGUUUUCUAUCUAAGUGGUUUUACGCUCCAAUAACAAAAGACGUUCAGACAUCUAACUGGGAGAGUGACAGUUUUCUACGGACAACAUCAGAUGAGUAUGAAGACAAUGGGUCGUAUCGCGGACGUAUCAUGGAAUUGAAUCCAACCCUAUAUCUCAUUUAUAUUGUGGACGUUUCAGACGAAGGCCAUUUCUAAUAAAGGGUCCCAUUAACCCCCCGA